GACCCAUCUGUCGUACCAAUAAAGGCUGUAAAAGAUCUGGCUAAUCCACAAAUCUGUGAUAGACUUAACGAAUUAACGCCAAAAAAUGGUAAUAUUGGACCUGUUGCGAACGCUUUUGAUCGUUACUGUGAUUAUGAUGACUGCGACGCGGAUUUGAGCGAGCAGAUGGCUCUACUCUCAAGACGGCUUGCGUUCUAUGGAGGUCCUGAACUGAGCACUGCAUCUAUAGAUCGUUUGAUCACGCAAAGCACUAUAAUCAUCGAGUGGAUGUUUGAAAAUGCGGACUCGCAAAUAAAUGACAGUAUCGAACAAACGCGUCUGGGCAAGUGGGGUUCUAUGGGUGACUUCUUAGCAUGUACUCACGACAUAAUUGAGAAACAAUACAAGUUGAACUGA